CUUCUCCCCCAGUACUUUCGCACAGACCACUAUCAUUCAGCACCACGAACGGCUGACUCCCACGGCCGCACGCCACCGCGUCCCACCUUCUCGGCUACCGGAGAGGAAAACGCUGCAACGCCACUCAACCACCGGGACAACGCCGAUCAACCACUGCACCGCCUUCAGGCGGUCACUGUCAGCCCACACAGCACCCACAGUCGCCCUUGCACAGCGACGAUUCGUCACGGAUCACCACGCUCAGCACCGUGAUUCCUCCACGCUCAAGUCGGACAAUCAUGUCAAAUCCAUUAUCAAAAACCCAUUUGUAACUGCCUCAAGCUGGGCAACAGCUCUUCUUAUCGCUCCCAUGGUUCAGCUCUCGUUGUGGGUGCUACCCCUAUAAGGUGUCAUGCCAAUCCAUCUAUCUUUGAUUUCAAUUUAUCCGGGGUUCUACGCUGUUAUAAAUCAAGCAACCCAAAAUUCAAAUGGGUAUCUACUAUGUUUUUUGUUACUCUGAUUUGGUUGCUGAGAAUAUGUAGGAAUGUGAAAGAAAACAAUAUUUAUGCUAUGGUUGAUAAACGUUUGUAAAUGAAUGAAGAAUUCGAGUCUCUUGUGAUGCGCACCACCUGUUUGAUGAAUUUUCAUAGAGAAGUUGCACAUCGUUAUGAAAUCGAAAUGGCAAAGCCUUUUAUGGCGAACUCUCAAAGCCAAGAAGCACGAACGUCUCUGUCUAUCUCUCUACUGCACAGACUCAGUGCUGCCAAACCCGGCACAAUCCAAGCUGCAGGAGCUUUGUGGUUUUGUUUCGAGCACGAUUGGUGGAUUAGAUGAAUUAGAAUCGAGUCUAAAUAAACUUACAGUUUCUUUAACAUCGUCGCUUGUGACGCAAGUUAUAGACUCUUGCAAGCAUGAAGCACCCAAUAGGAGACUGCUGAGGUUCUUCUUGUGGUCUCGUAAGAAAUUGAAUUGUGGUUUAGAAGACAAGGAUUAUAAUUAUGCCAUUCAGGUGUUUGCCGAGAAGAAUGACCACACAGCAAUGGAUAUAUUGAUUUCGGAUCUUAGGAAGGAGGGUCGGGUGAUGGACACUCAUACUUUUAGUGUUGUAGCUGAGACAUUGGUUAAACUGGGGAAAGAAGAUAAGGCGUUGGGUAUGUUUAAGAACUUGGACAAGUACAAGUGUCUCCAAGAUAAAAUCACAGUCACUGCUAUUGUUAAUGCUUUAUGCACAAAAGGGCAUGCUAGGAGAGCGGAGGGGGUUGUCUGGCACCACAAGGAUAAGAUUUCUGGCGUAGAGCCUUGCAUUUACAGGAGCCUUCUUUAUGGUUGGUCUGAGCAGGAGGAUGUGAAGGAAGCGCGAAGGGUUAUCAAAGAGAUGAAGUCAGCUGGGUUUAUGCCAGAUUUAUUUUGCUAUAACACAUUCCUUAGGUGCCUUUGUGAGAGAAAUCUUAAACGUAAUCCUUCUGGUCUUGUUCCUGAGGCCUUGAAUGUCAUGAUGGAAAUGAGGUCCUACAAGAUUGCCCCAACCUCAAUUAGUUACAAUAUUUUGCUUUCUUGUCUUGGUAGGACAAGAAGAAUCAAGGAAUGUUGUCGAAUUCUUGAGACAAUGAAGAAGUCGGGUUGUUCUCCAGAUUGGACUAGCUAUUAUCUUGUUGCACGGGUAUUGUAUUUGAGUGGGAGAUAUGGUAAUGGUAAUAAGAUAGUGGAUGAGAUGAUUAGGGAAGGGUUGAUACCAGAUCGCAAGUUUUACUAUGAUUUGAUUGGUAUACUAUGUGGACGUGAGAGGGUUAAUUUUGCUCUUGAGCUCUUUGAGCGAAUGAAGAGAAGUUCAUUGGGUGGUUAUGGGCCAGUUUAUGAUGUGCUUAUUCCAAAACUUUGUAGAGGAGGGGACUUCGAGAAGGGUAGAGAGCUCUGGAACGAAGCCAUUGGAAUGGGGGUUUCUCUUCGCUGCUCAAGUGAUCUGUUGGACCCUUCAAUCACUGAGGUUUUUAAGCCGGCAUGGAUAUUGGAGAAGAUCAGCUCUGUGGACCAAAACACAGCCAAGAAGCCAGAGAAAGUUGCACAUAAUAUUGGAAAGGCAAAGAAGAAAAAGAAGACUUCUGCUUCAAGUUGAUAAGCCAGCAAGUUAGCAUUUACUAUCAACAAGAGAAAGAAACACGGCUCAAAUUUGGCGGUGGCACAUGGGACAUGGCACAUGGUGGGAGACAGAAGCGGAGACGGGAUCUUGUGGGUCCUCUGGCCCGAUCGACGUCUCACCCACAUUUUGAAACGCACAUGUCAAUGCAGCACAUCAUUGGACCCCACGUGACGUGAGGCUGACAAGCUUCAAACUCUUCUAUGCU